AUUCUGGAGUGGUGAGUGAGUGAAUUUAAGGAGUAAAUGAAAUGUUCUAGGGCUCCUAUAGGGAAAGACACCUGCUUCCUAACUUCUACUGGCUUUCGUAGGUGCUAAUACUUAGGGCCUGAUAUUCCAGCCUUCACAAGCAACAAGGUCCAACUCUAAUUCCAUAGGAUAAGAAACUUCAAAUAGAUUGCCCUCCAUGCCUUAUGAGUCAAUGAUAACAUCAGCUCAUAUUUGGGAGAUGUCUUGCAGUGAAUAUCAUUUUAGUCAAAACCGUCUAGGUUCCUUGAUGAAAUGGUAAGAAUACUAUCUUUUUUUAAGUUUUAAAGGUCCAUAAAUCAAGUAAAAUUUCAAUAUUAUUUUCACAAAUUGCAGGUACCGGGAGGCUGUUCACAAAUGGGAUGAAGCACUUCAGUUAACCCCAGAAGAUGCUACUCUUUAUGAAAUGAAGUCGCAGGUCCUCAUGUCCUUGCAUGAAAUGUUCCCUGCGGUGCUUGCAGCAGAAAUGGCAGUCCAGCGAGAUCCUCAUUCUUGGGAGGCAUGGCAGACAUUGGGACGUGCCCAGCUCGGAUUAGGAGAAAUUGCACUGGCAAUCCGAAGUUUCCAGAUCGCCUUGCAUAUCUGCCCACUAAGCCCUGAACUAUGGAAUGAAGAUCUCUCUUGGGCAAGAAAGUUGCAGAGAGAGAAAGCAGCCAAAAUGGAGGCAGGCACGGAAAGAACAGCUACUCAGCAAGAGACGUCAAAUGAACCAAUUCCAGAUUAUGAUUUUGAAAGUGAUGAGAUUGUGGCUGUUUGUGCAGCCAUUGCAGAGAAGGAGAAAACCACAUUGGCCUCUAAAACUGUUGUGAUUGUGUCUGCUUCAGGUGCAGUUGAAACUGUGACAGAAAAGGAGGAGUGUGCAACAACCCCUGAUGGGACUGUUUUUAUCAAAGCACGAUAAACAGCCUCAGCGGUUCAGUUAACAGCUGUGUCCUUGAGGUUCGUUCCUUGCUUUUCAUCUUGGUUCUGCUGCAGCCUUGUCAUGGAUUGUUGGAGCGUUGGAGUUCCCUUGCCCUUUGCACCAAGAUAAGCCCCAGUGCAUCUCGUUGGACUUCAUUUCUUGAGCUGUUUGCUAUUAAAACGGGAGAAACCUAGGCAGCCACACAUGGAUUGCAAUUUGAAUGCUGCCAUAUAGAAAUGGUCUGUAACAGGGAAUGGGGCUGAGCAGCAUUUGGUGGAAGCAUCCGGCCUUCCUUGGCUGGGUCUGACAGUGGCAGCUUUCUGGAGCUGGAAGCUGGGUGUGCACCCAUAAUCCGGUAAACGAUCCCUCAUUAUGUUUUCCUGUUAGGGUUUGAAAGCAACUGUAGUUUUUAAAAUCAUUAUUGCAAUUUUGAAAUAAAACUUUAAGUGAAAGUUGUGAAGAAACAAGCUGAAAUGCAGUGUUCUCAGUAGUAUUUACUCUUAUCCUAAUGCUACAUAUCUCAGUUAUUAUUCAGGGGUGAUCAAAUUUUAGUAUAUUCAAUACGCACAAAAGAUGCUGCAUAAUUCGUGCUCUUUUGUGAUUAUCUUCUCUUUUGUGAUUAUUCCAAUGCAUUUGCUUUGUAACUAAAUCUGCCUCACAAGUACUUUCCAGAUAAAACCUUUAAUACAAAUGAGCCCUUAGUAGUGACACUGCAGUCUUUAAAACAGAGGCAUUAUUAGAUUGUUUUCCUCCAGCAGGUGCACUUGCAAUAAAGUAUUUAUUACACAGAGCUGGGUAGAACCUGUUGACUUCGUUAGGAAAAUAUAGAUGAGUGUUCCUAUUAGCAAAAAUAGUUCCUAGCAAUCUUCUUUUGUAAUAAUACAACUUAUGCAUGUUUUUUGGUAAAGUUUUCCAUAUAUCCAGGAUUAAAUCCAGUGGCAUGCAAGCAGGUUUUCCAGAUCCAACCAGAGAGUUUUGAGGGUGCACACAGGACUGUAGUAGGGCAGAGAAACUGUUCUCUUCCCGGUUUCUGUUAUCCCAUUGGGUGAUUAACAUAAGAUCCAAUGCCAAGGCUUUAGCUCAGAGCAUUAUCUCUUUUUCCUGAAGAGUAACAAAUGUGUAACUUACUCAGGCAUGGCUGUUUGCAUCCAGUCCUAUCCAUGUUCCUUCAAAAUUCCUACAAAUUUUAAAGGGACUUACUCCCAAGUAAAUGUGCAUGGGAUUAUUGCCCAUGAGAAGUACUGGGAAUUAGAGCCAAUUUUCUGAGCAUCCUUCAGUGUGGUAUGUGCCAUUGUGAACUCAUCUAAGCAUAUUAAGUUUUCCUUAUUUCGGUUUCUCCACAAAAUUAUAUACAUUAUUUAUACAAAGUCAGUGCUUUCUUUCUCCAAUAUUUGAUUUGAUAUCUCAUAAGAAGCACCCUUAUCAUAUUCUUUGAUCAUUUAUAUGCUAGCAAAAUAAUUGGUUUUAUUUGAACAUUAUCUCAUUUCCUAUGAUGGGUUAUGUUUUGCAUGCUUAGGUUUAUUUUUAGGUUGUCAUGGAAUAUACCUAAUUUGUAAUUAAAGUUUGCUUGCUAUGUAAACAAAAUCUUUGUUUAAAAUAUACAUGGUCUAAAAAUGCAGAGUUCAUGUACUAAACCAAUUUGAGAUGCAUACUUCAUGCUAAGUAAAUAACUAAAUUCUGCACCCAGGCAAUUCAAGAUUCUGCACCAAGAGAAAGUGACUACUGUGGUAGGAAUUAAGAUAGACAAUAUUUGCAUAAUUUCUCUUCUUGUUCUGUGCUUGGUUCAGCAAUGUUUAUUGUUUUGUAAUACCAGUCCAUUUUAUUUUUUUGCACAGGUGAGUAGUAAGACUAGGAGUAACAUGGAGUGAUGAAGUUCCUGACCCCUGAACAUUUGGCUAAGCCACUCCCCUCCCUUGUGAGAUUUCAGCAGGCCUUGCCCAUGUAAUUUCAAGUAUCUGUUUUCCCUGUUUGCUUCCUUUUGCUUCCUUUUUUAAGGGAAGUAUUGUGAACCUGAAUUCUCUGUGCCCAGAAUCACCUUCUGGAGUUAUUUUGCAGACCCACCAAAUGUACCAUAUUCUGCUGGUCAGCAGCAGGUCUUCUGGACAGUUAAAGUCAGGUGAAAUUCCUGGGCUCCAGUUCCUGGGCUCCCAGAGAGUUGUCCAAACGCUGCUGUUGUUCCCUCAAUAUACUGCAUUGCCUUGGUUGGCCACUGAAGGGUCAGAGCAACAAUACAACAACAGGACUCACCUCAAGGAGCUUACACAGUAGCUUUCCUUUCCAUAGGAGUAGUGCAGAGCUGAAACUACCCAGGACAUCUGGGGACACCCAUGGGCCUGUGUUACAUGAGGAAACACUUGCGUGGCCUGAGCCAAAACCUGGAUGCUUCCAGCAUCAGUUUCUCCAAUCACAGGAGCACUUCCCUCCAUGUGCAGCAGUUGCUACAACUGUAUUGCCACCAACAACCCAUUUCCAUUUUUCUGCGUGUGAAUAUGUAACAUGGGUUAGACUUGCUUAUGUGGAGGAGACCAUAUCUGUGUGAACUGGCCAUUUCAUCAUCCAUGUUAGGAUUUACGUGUGGUGUAUGCACCCAUCCUAUAAAAAUACGUGCGUGCUAGGAAAUAUAGCUUGCUUUCUGUGGGCACAGAUUCCUGUUCCUAGCUCUACCUGGAAAUCUUCCCAAGGCUGGCUUAUGCUAAUGAACAGACACCAGAACAUUGGUGGCCCAGGAAUCCUUCCUGUUUGUGCCUUUGCUCAGUUUGUGCCUUGCUCAGUCAGUUAUUGAGCAUUGUCAAGGCACAUGUCAUGUCUUUGAAUUUAACUUGCUAAAAAUAUCCCGUUGUCAGGCUUUUAAAGCAAGCAGAUGGGCUGCGUGUGUACCAAAUAUUAGCUAGCUAAUGUGCAAAUAACCUAUUUUGUGGUGUGCUUCACAGGCUUGGUUUUGGGAGAGAUGUCUAAACAUCCUACUUUUCAGUCUUCCAUCAUCACCAAUGUGUCUGAUUGCUUCAUGUGUGACAAAUUUUAGCUAUCUCCCUAGAUAUCCUAACAAAUUAUAGUUUCUAGAGGAGUAGCCAUGAUUCUGUUGCAGAAAAAGCAGCAAAAAGUCUUGUGACACUUUAAAAGACUAACACAUUUAUUAUGGCAUAAGCUUUCAUCCAAAGCAGAAAAUGCCAUCCUGGGUUGAGAGAUAGAUACAUAAGCGCACAGAGAGAAAUAUGAUUUUACCACUAACCUUCUUCUUCAUCUACUGACCCAUGUGGUAUAUUUUGAAAUUUUUCUUCUUGCUUUAAUAUUUAUUAUGAUGCCUUGGAGGUCUCUUUUGGGCUCAGAGGCAGCUAAGUAAAUACCCCAUGCCUGUGGGUGAUCUUGGCCUUAUUCUGCAGUGAAAUGCCUUUGCACUUAGACUCAUGCAUUUUUAGCCCAGAGGAAACUUUGCACUGUAGUGACAAUUAUAUAGAUUACCAUACUUAUUUUGGUAAGCUUUGUGCUGUACAUGUGUUAGCCGAAGCAUUCUGUGCCUAUGUUCUUCCAGGACGGAAUGUGCAAUUCCACCUUUUCCCAUAUGAGCCUGCCCAAGUUUCCAGGUCUUUGGAAGGGGCCCGUCCUGUGGUACUGGUGUCUUCAGAUGCUUGCUUGGUGGUGACUGCUCCCAGGCUAUGGAACUCCCUGCUGGGAAAGCUUGGGUUGGCUCCCCCUCUGUUGUCCUUGAAUAAAGCAAUAAAGAUUGCUUUAUUCAGGCAGGCUUUGGCAUGUAAGCUGGGUUGGAUGCGGUUCUAUUCUACUCUUUGUGUUUUAAGUAGUACUUUCAAGGUAUUGGUUUCAUGUUUUUAUUUAUCUAUGACAGUACUGUUUUUAUUAGGAAGGCAGGACACAAAUCAAAGGAAUUAAUUGCCCUAAAUAAAAACUGCAUGAAUGUUCUUUGCCCUGCUGAUUGGACUGGGCAGAGAAUGUGUUGAGGGAAAAUUGAACGGUUAGGUCUGAAAAGGAGUACACAAAUGAUGAACUCACAUUGACUUCUGCACUUCAGUGACAUGUCUGCAUUUAAUUGUGAUUUCCAAAAGAGAUGGGUGCCACUACAGACAGUUUCACAAACUGUUAUCACUGACAUUCAGGCUCAGAAUUCUAAUUCCAACAGAAAGCAAUUCAUGUGAAAACAAGUUAAGCAAGGUCACGUGCUUGGUAUUUUGCUGGCAAAAACCAGACCUGCAACUUACAAAUACUAGACCUCUGUACAGCAUAACAACAACACUGAGACACAAAAAUCUAACCCUUCGGUGCACACAGCACAGAAUUUCAUCUCGCCUGUAGCAGCUGCCUGCUUUUGGUGAGGUCAAGCCUUAGGCUUAAUGGUUCAUCUGGUAUCCCAGCAGUCACAGCUUGUAAUAAAUAUGCCUUCAUUAUUUA